CCAACAUCAUGGUGGCUAAUGCACCGAGCCUGGUUUCCAUAACAACGAGUCGAUCCAUACAUCCGCAGAUCUGACGACGCGUGAUGCGUGAUUCUCAAGCGCGUGCCUGAGGCAUCGCUGACGUCACUGACGCUCCGGUGUCCGUAGAAGCGGCUGGCCCGCAAUAACAAAUUGGAUGAAGACAGAAAUAUUACUCCCAUCCAUUGGAAUCAGUUCAAGAUGGCGUCCGAGGUGGAAUACGAGUCGAUUUUGUGCGUGAAACCAGAUGUAAAUGUUUAUCGCAUCCCGCCGCGGGCGUCGAAUCGCGGAUACAGGGCGGCUGACUGGAAGCUAGACACUCCUGACUGGACAGGCCGUUUGCGCAUUACAGCAAAGGGGAAGGUGGCUUAUAUAAAAUUGGAGGACAAAGUCUCAGGUGAGCUGUUUGCUCAAGCGCCGAUAAAUGAAUAUCCUGGCAUUGCUGUGGAGACCGUCAGCGAUUCCAGUCGCUAUUUUGUUCUCCGAAUACAGGAUGACAAUGGUCGGAGUGCAUUCAUUGGUGUUGGUUUUGGAGACCGAGGUGAUGCCUUUGAUUUCAAUGUCUCCCUGCAGGAUCAUUUCAAGUGGGUAAAACAGGAGAAUGAAAUCAAAAGUUCUCAGGGUGCAGACUCAGGACCCAAACUGGACCUAGGCUUCAAAGAGGGACAGACCAUCACGCUGAAUAUCGGGCAAGGUAAAAAGAGGGACAAGCCCCGCCCUCAGAGCUCAGGAGGCUUGGGGCUCCUCCCUCCACCUCCAGGAGGAAAGAUAGCCCCUCCUCCUUCGUCCAAUCACAACACAGUACAGCCAUCAGGAGGAGCGCAAACAGGAUGUUUAUUAGAACUGGACAGCAGUAACUCUAAUACAGUGGUUCAGUCAAACCCCAGCUCUGACCUGUGGGGUGACUUCUCUAGCUCUGCAAGCUCUGUUCCUACUUCAGCACAAUGCCAAGAACCCUCUUCUGGGAACUGGGUGCAGUUCUGAAAAAGUUUUAUCCUCCUUCAUUCCAUUAUUGUUCCUAUUCCUCCAUCAAAACUACUGCAAUUAAUAACAUAAUGCAUAAUUGUAGCGGCAAGCUGUAUGUCAUGCUGCUAAU